GUUCAGUUUAGGAAUAGCGGUCUCGGCGAAACAUUACAUUUUGUACUGUGUUUUGGAAAAUUUCUUGGGUGCACAUAUACAAAACUAUGAAACUCCUUUCAAUCUCAAUUUUUUUGAUGCUGUUUCAUGAAGGAAUUUCAGACUACAUAGCCGGUCAAGAGGUUUUCUUCAACUCGUUGAAACAGCUAGAGAUCGACCGCCAGGAGGCACUGCUUAAGCUACCUUACGAUCCUCUGCUGGGGAAAGAAGCACAAAAUGACGGGUUAGUCAGGUCAGCGGUUGUACGGUCCAAGAGGGCUAUCACGAACGAGAAAAGCAAUACCAUCCGCUUAAACUUUCCCGACAACCUUCCCAAAGAAAAUGGCACAGGUCGAGUGGAAGUUUACCAUGACAACCAAUGGGGUACGGUGUGCGACAAAGCCUGGGACAUCAAAGACGCCUUCGUUGUAUGCAAUGAACUGGGACUGGUCAAAGCGAUCCAAGAGACAAAGAAAGCCAAAUAUGGUCAAGGUCAAGGUCCCGUAUGGCUUAGCAAUGUGCAGUGCUCAGGAGGAGAGAGUUCUCUGCUAAGCUGCCCUCACUCUGGGUGGGGAAACGUUGGUAGUUGUACCCAUGGUAACGACGCAGGUGUAAAGUGUUUGCAAAAAGGUCUUCCGCGUUUGAUUGAGGUUGGCUGUUAUAAAGACAGUAAAACCAAUCGAGCCCUUCGAACUCUGUACGCCUAUCUACGAAAGGAAAUCGAUUGGUAUAACAUAAGAAACAUGGUUACCAAGUGUGCCGAAAAAGCCUGGCAACGAGGAUUCCGAUAUUUUGGAAUCCAAUUUUACGGAGAAUGCUGGAGUGAUGAAGAAGCCGAGACACGAUACGAUAUGUAUGGGGAGGUUGGACAACUACAGAGCAAUCAGAACUGUAUUGAAGGCGUUGGGAUGCACUGGGCAAAUUUUGUGUACAAGUUUGCACCUUGGUCGGACCUGGGAUGUUGGAAGGAUAAUACACGUGACCGAGCAAUGGAAAAGUUGCUAGUGAACCUGCGAUCCCAGAUUGAUUGGUUUAACAUCGGUAAAACUGUCGAUCUUUGCUACCAGGCCGCAAAGAAAGAUGGGAAGAAGUAUUUUGCCGUGCAGUUUUACGGCGAAUGCUGGGUGGAUAAAGAUGAUACAACUUACACGAAGCAUGGAUCGAGCACAUCCUGCUGGAGUGGAGUGGGAAAACAAAGAACAAACUAUGUGUACAGUGUUCUGUGGUAAGAAGGUCAUUUUCACCGAUUUCUUCACAAGGAGCGUAUCUUUGGCUAGAUGAAGCUGUCGCAGACGUUUUCCACAAUUUGAAUAACAACUAGUUUUGAUCAAAACACUGUAUAAGAAAUAAACACAAGCAAAGUUAA